AUGGAGUACUUUUUCUCAUUGUUUCAAAUAAUUUUCAAAAGACCAAUACCCCCAACAGGUGCAGUUGAAAUAGAUUCCAAAGAACAUAUAUAUGCACAUCCCAAGCAUGCGAACCGAUUACUAGAUUCAAGUACUUUUGAUGUGCAAACAAUAUAUGAAGUUCUUUUACAUGGCAUUCAAUUGAGUGGUGAUCAACCACAAUUUUCAUUUCGACAAUCAUCGGAUGAACAAUUUAAAUCCUAUACUUAUAAACAAGUAUUCGAAAUCAUCAAAGAAAUUGGUAGUGGUAUAGUGAAUAGUGGUCUUAAACCAUCAUCUGACACACUUUAUGGCAUUUAUGCUUCAACUUCAGUCAAUUAUGCAUUAUGUCUCUAUGCGGCCUGGCCAUAUUCAAUGGUACCAAUAGGUAUCUAUGAUUCACUUGGUCGAGAUGGUGUCAAAUUUAUAAUAAGUCAAAGUGCUGUUGAAUUAAUUUUUGCUGAUGAUUUACAACGUGUAAAAAGUUUAAUUGAAUGGAAAGAUGAAACAGUAGCAUUGAAAACAAUUGUUUGUUUUAUUGAACCAACAGAUGAUUUAAAGAAAUUAGCUGAAGAAAAACACUUAAAUCUUCUCACACUUGAUAAAUUAAGAGAAAUUGGUCGGAAUAAUCCAGUUGAAUUAGUACCACCAAAACCAACUGAUACCGCAGUAAUUAUGUACACAAGUGGAAGUACAGGAGAACCAAAAGGUGGAGAAAUUGGUUUUUGGCAAGGUAAAAUUGAUAAAUUACUCGAUGAUUUUCAUGAUUUUCGACCAACAAUUCUUGCGAUGGUACCUCGUUUACUGAAUAAAUUAUAUGAUAAAGUCCGAUCAGACUUACGUAAAAAAGGUAUAAUUGGCCGUGUUUUAUUUCGAUUAGCUAUUCGAAGUAAGUUAGCACUUAUUCGACGUGGAAAUUCUUCAAAAAAUACAAUAUGGGAUAAAAUUAUAUUUGGAAAAAUUCGUCAAUCAUUUGGUGGUAAAAUAAAUCGUGUUGUUUCAACAAGUGCACCACUUUCACCUGAAGUUUGUCGAUUUUCACGUGCUGCAUUUUCAUGUUUAUUUAUUGAAUGUUAUGGACAAACAGAGUGUGUAAUAGGUUGUUCACAAACAGUAAAUGAUAUUGAAUCAGGUGAAACAGGCAUUCCAACAUCAAUGAAUUAUAUUAAAUUAGUUGAUGUACCUGAAAAAGAAUAUUAUGCUAAAGAUGGUAUUGGAGAAAUUUGUAUUCGAAGUCCAGCUUUAUUUAAAGGUUACUUGAAAGAUGAAGCUAAAACACGUGAAGCAAUUGAUGAAGAAGGAUGGUUACAUACAGGUGAUAUUGGUCGAUGGACACCAUAUAAGACAAUGAAAAUUGUUGAUAGAAAGAAAAAUAUGUAUAAGUUAAGUCAAGGUGAAUAUGUAGCACCAGAAAAAAUUGAAGAUGUCUAUGCACGCAGUCGAUUUAUUUCUCAAGUAUUUGUUUAUGGUGAUUCAUUUGAAAGUUUUCUUGUUGCUAUUGUUUUAUUGAAUGAUGAUUAUGUAAAACAAUGGGCAAAAACUGAAGGAUAUAAUGUUGACACAAUAAUGUCAUUUGAAUUGAAUGCUAAAUUAAAACAAAUUAUACUUGAUGAUAUGAUUCGGGAAGGUAAAAAACGUGGUCUAAUGUCAUAUGAACAAGUUAAAGCAAUUGAAUUCAUUAAAGAAGCAUUUACAAUUGAAAAUGGACUUUUAACCCCAACAUUUAAGGCACGUCGAUAUGCUGUAGAAAAGAAAUAUAAACAACUUUUUCAAAUGAUUUAUAAAAAUGCUAAAAUCUAA